UCAAUGCUCUAGAUAAUUAACGGUGCCUAAUCAGCAUUGCUGGAGAAUAAUGAUUUUCGUUUUAUUAAACUCUGUGAAGCGAAAGGAAAUAAUUGGUCAAGACAAUGAAAUUUUUCGUAAUUCUUUUUUACUUGUCCGUGCAAAUGAUUAUUAGGUUGGCUACCGCUGACGAUUACAAUUACGCCGAGGCUAUAGAGAAAUCUUUAUUGUUCUACGAAGCACAGAGGAGCGGAAAAUUGCCAGCUGAUAAUAGGAUACCAUGGCGAGGAGAUACAUUCCUCACUGAUAUAGGAGAAGAUGGUGAAAAUUUGUCAGGAGGAUACUUUGAUGCUGGAGAUCAUGUUAAAUUUCAAUUUCCUGCUGCUUCCGCAAUGACCUAUCUGGCUUGGGGUAUGUUAGAUUCUAUGGAGGGAUAUCAAAAGGCAGGACAGCAGGAACAUGCACUGGCUUGUUUGAAAUGGGGAAUGGACUACUUUAUAAAGGUACAUCCAUCUCCAAAUGUGUUAUACGUACAAGUAGGAAACGGUACAGAAGAUCAUCGGUUUUGGGGACGACCAGAAGAUUGGAACGGAAGUGAUCCUCGGCCUACGUUAAAGGCAACGACAACAAAACCAGCGUCUGACGUUGCUGGCGAGUCAUCAGCAGCUAUGGCAGCUGCCUCUAUGGUUUUUAGGCAGUAUGGAAAUGUUGAGUACGCCGAUAUUCUGCUAACGCAUGCCAAACAAUUGUACAAUUUUGCUACUAUGUAUCGAGGCCUGUACAGUGAUUCAUUUCCGGAAGUCAAAGAAUUUUACAAUUCAAACAGUUACGAAGACGAACUACUCUGGUCAGCUGCUUGGUUGUACAGAGCAACUGGCGAGAUCAGCUAUAAGAAUGACUAUGCAAAAUGGUGGACAGAAUUUAACUUAAAUUACACUCCCGAACGAGCAGAUUGGAGUUCUAAAUUAGCUCAAGCCCAAGUUCUACUAGCUAAGAUUGAUGGAUCCGUGCAAUAUACAACGGCAGCUCGGACGUUCUGUGAUAAGUUUGUGUACAACACACCAACUACACCGAAUGGCCUAGUCUUUAUUAGCAUAUGGGGAUCACUUCGCCACAUAUCGAAUGUCGUCUAUGUAUGUCUGCAAGCUGCAAAUAUCGGCAUCAACAGUGAACCUUAUCGACAAUUCGCUAAAAAUCAAAUGGGCUACAUACUCGGUGACACUGGAAGGAGUUUUGUCGUUGGCUUCGGUAAAGAUCCACCAGCAAGCCCACAUCACCGUGCUGCCUCAUGUCCCGACCGACCAGCCGUAUGCGACAAUAACGCUUUAUCAUCGCCCGAACCAAAUCCACAGAUUUUGAUUGGGGCUAUUGUAGGUGGACCAAAUAUGACUGAUCAAUACGUCGAUGAUCGUGAGGAUUAUGUACAAAAUGAAGUCACGAUUGACUAUAAUGCAGCGUAUCAAUCAUCAAUUGCCGAACUUUGUAAAUUAUAUUGCUCCGGUGCAGGCACAACAACAGUGGGAUCCUUUUAUUUUUUCGGCGUAGUUUUGUUUGGCAUCAUCAAUUUUGUAAAUAAACAAUUGUAACGGUACGCGUUAAGAUCCUUUAGCGAUAAUCAU